GUCUCCACUGCUCAGCCCCGCCCCCUCAUAUGACGUCAUCACAGGUCCUUCACUGUUUUCCGGUCCCAUAUACAGAGCGGGUCCUGGUGGGUGGUCGGUGCUGUCGUCUCUUGUUGUCUCUGUUAUCAGCCAGCAGUGAGCAUGCCCUCCUGCAUUGUGAAAGGCUGCACGAGUACGUGGAGGAAAAAAGAUCCAACAGUUACUCGCCAUACUUUCCCAUGGGAGCCCGAAAGAAUUAGAAUUUGGUUACUACAAACCGGCCAGUAUGAUGCGAAUAUGAACAAAAUGAUCCAGAAGAUUUUAGAUGGGAAGGUUAAUGACACCUACAGGAUGUGUUCCAAACAUUUCGAGCACCAUUGUUAUACCUACGAAGAGGAUCGUCGAAGACUACGCAAGGAUGCUAUACCAACAGUAUUUCCACCUACCUCUGGCCUUCGUCAACAACAAGCGUCAACAUUGUCAACUACGCAACAUAUAACACCGGUCUGUACACCGACGACAACCAUUGUCACCUUCAGCAGUUCUUCUUCUGGAUCACACACAUCAACCACUUCAGCUUUGUCUCUGGGUUCAUCUAUUUCCUCUGUAGUAUCGGUAACAUCACCAGUACUUCCAACUUCUGAACAACAUUCCACUAACUCUUCCUCAGAUGUAGUACUAUCUGUCCCACCAAAUGCUGUGAUCCUACCGCCAACAUGGCCUCCUUUAGAAAUCUUUCCAUCGUCACAAUCAACUAGUCAAAGAAAGGAAAACUUGACUCCUCAAAAAAGAGACUUUUCGACCAACACCAUGCCAUUUUUGUUCUUUCCCCCAAAGGGUCCGAAAGUGGUUUCACAAAAAAAACGACGUAAGAGGUUAUGCAGCAGCCUCCCCUCUUUCGAUGGUAUUCCGACAAAUGCACCUGAAUGUUUACCAUCUGAAGUUGUUCCCCAAAUGUCUAGUGAACUAAUCUCCAUUGAAAUACUAACCAGCGACACAGAGGAACAAGAACCAUCAGAUCUUUCUUCUAACCUGGAACCAUUCGAGAUGCCGUCUGAAACGUCCACUGAAAGUACAGGAAGUGAGGUCACAAUGACUUCAAAACUGUCUAAAAAAAGAUCAACGCCGUUCAACCUACGGGCAGCGUCGCAAAUCGAAAUUCCUGAAUUCAUCAAGGAGCAUAAUUAUUACUCAAACAUUGAGCAAGAAGAUACAGGUCUAUCUGAUAUGUCCCCACAACCAAGAGAGGGCAUCCAUCCUGACCCACAACCAACAGAGGGCAUCCAUCCUGACCCAAGUGAUACUGUUGAGCCAAUUUCACCCAUAGAGUUUCGUGAUCAAAAAGAACGAGCCAUGGUUGUCUGUUUUGUGAAGGGUUGUACACCCAAGUCGAGAGAAGGGCGGGGUGACGUCACUCUUCACGUCUUCCCAAAAGACAAAGAUCAAAUAAGAGAGUGGCUGAUGGCCACAGGGGAAUCUAUACCGAAUAUAGAAGAAUUGGUGAACAAGAUUUAUGACACCAAAAAAGUAGAUUUAUACAGGAUGUGUUCUCUGCAUUUUGCACCUAACUGUUAUAUUUUCAACCCCAAAACGGGGAAAAGACGGUUGGCCAACAUGGCGGUCCCUUCCAUUUUCCCUAGAAAACCUAAAACUGCUGAGUGCUCGUCUCAGGUUACUUCCCCACGAUUAGGAAAACGAAGAAGAGUCACAAUAGCGGCUGGAAGCAGAUGCCCAACGUGUAACCAGAUUGUUGGGCCCAGCCAAGAUUUUCAGCCUGUAACAUCAGAGCCAAGUCCAAGAAAAGAAUUUGCUGAGAAAUUCACGAUUUUUGAUCGUUCCUACGGCACAGCUUCAAAAUACGUGCAAACCUAUCUUAGAACGUUUAGUGUAAAAUCACAGUGCCAAAUGAGACCCCCCAAAAAAACAUCCUGCCAAACUUCAGCUCUUUCCAAUAUUUUUGUGUUUGGUUCGCCCAUCCAAGGAACAACAAGUGGUCCGCCCUUCCAAGGAACAACAAGUGGUCCGCCUGUCCAAGGAACAAGUGGUCCGCCUGUCCAAGGAACAAGUACAGAAAAAAGCUCUUCUCAGAAAGAAACAGAAUUAUCCGAUAUUCCUCAAGAACCUUCACAUACAAUACCCAUUGAAUCCACACCCGUUAAAACAAUACCGCAUACCCAAACCUCAGAUGCCGAGGUGGUGCACAGAGAAGGUUUACAAGCUGAACCUAUUGUGAAAAUGGCUGAGAGAGGCAUUUCCAGCAAACAAAGGGUCUUUUCCAUAGGUAUACAGGAAGAACAGCCAAGUCUAAUUUCCGAGGAUACUAAUCACCCAGGGAACUCCUGGGCAGAAAGUCACAGAAGGAGGAAGAAAUCUGUGGAUAUUAUGGAUGAUCAGCUUGGAAAUUUGGAAGACUUGUUUUCAAGAAUGCCGGCAUGUGUGGUGAACGGGUGCUCCACGGCCAACAGAGGUUCCGAAACUCUCCAUAUGUUCCCUAGGGACAAAGGACGAAUUCGAACUUGGUUAAUGGCGACUGGACAAUACUCCCAUGACCUAGAGGAGGCCGUGAACAAAAUAUUUAAUGCUACAAAAAAGAGUGACUCGUAUCGGAUGUGUGCAAAGCAUUUUGCACCUUAUUGCUUUAUCUACAAUGCUAAAACUGGAAAAGAAAUAUUGACCAAGAACGCUGUGCCGACGAUAUUCCCACACCGAAAUGCGACGGCCUUCCCUCCAGCAACGAAAAGGAAGCGUAGUGAGAUGGCCGCAUAUACUCAAGAUUCAGACUCUGAAUUCUCAUCAACAGACGAGUCGGGGGAAACUGAAGAUUCACAAGAAGAUUCAGAAAAAGAAAAUUACGAUGUAGAAGGCGAAGAGGUAAUUUUUUCCAAAAGAAAUUUCGGCGACCAUCCUCCCUGUUAUAUACAUCCGGUUAAACAGCGGAAAUUUAUAGUCUUUGAAAAUUCUCUAGAUGAACUUAUCCUGAAGAUCCCGUGCCAAUCGGCAGAGUGCACUAGUCCAAUAACAAAAAUUAUAAAAAAGAGGACAGGAUCUUAUAUUUCCAUCUUUGUUGAAUGUGCCGACCACGAUUAUAAUCUCCUAUGGGAAAGCCAGCCCACGAUUGACGGUAAACCGCUCGGAAACGUAAUCUUAGCCUCCGCAAUAUUUGAGAGUGGUAAUAGUUUCCCUAAAAUGAAACAAUUUUUCCAUCUGAUGAACAUUAUGGCGAUGUCAGAGAACGCUUACUCCAAGUAUCAGCAUGAUUAUAUUUUCCCAACAAUUGAGCAUUCCUGGAAAAUCAGCCAAAUGGCGAGUAUAGAAAAUGUACAAGGACCUCCUGUGUGUAUCUCCGGAGACGGGCGAUGGGACUCCUUGGGAAACAACGAUAAGUUUUGUGUCUACAGUAUGAUGGAUAUGGAGACCAAAAAAAUCCUAUCUUUCGAUGUUCAACAAUCCGCAAUGGGCGUCUCCUCUCCUGAAUCUGAAAAGAUAGCGUGUAAAAACGCACUGGACUUUCUCUUGCAAAAUGAAAUCAGCGUCAAAUUACUCUGCACCGAUCGCCAUUUUCCCAUAAGAAAGAUGGUGAAGGAGGAGUAUCCUACAAUUACCCAUGAGUUUAAUGUGCGGCAAAUCGCCAAAAGUGUGGGUGACAAACUGCUUGAUGCCAGUCACGAGAAGGACUGUGAAGACCUUGCGGAAUGGGUUGGGGCGAUACAAAGCCACUUGCGAUGGUGUUCGGACUCCUAUAAUGGAGAUGAUUCCCUUCUCAUGGCCAAGUGGAAUUCUAUCCUCUACCAUGUGCAGAAUGUCCACGCCUGGGAGGACAAGGACGGUAAAUAUUCUUCUUGCCAACACAAGCAUCUCCCCGAGGACACGACACGGAAGAGGAAAUGGCUGAAAACAAAUAGCCCGAGCUUCAAAGCUCUAAAGAAAAUCGUAUUGGACAAAAGACUCCGAAAGGACAUUAAGCGGAUCUGUCAUUUCUGUCACACCGGAGACAUAGAGGUUUUCCUCAGCGCCAUUGUGAAGUACCAAAGUGAUCAGAAGGAGCAUCAGCACGUCACCAUCGAUGAAAUGUACGCACGCACUCAAUUGGCUUCCCUGGACCACAAUACUAGCUGCAGAAAGAUCCGGGCCAUGGCACGGCGGUCAUCGAGAACAAGUGCAGGGUCCCAUAGAUAUAAUACGGCCGACUCCAAGGACAGAAGUGAACGGUAUGGCCCGGAGAUGUACAAACCCACCAACCAGGACUUCUUAAUCGAUUUGAUGCAGGAAGUGGUGGAAUUGGUUUCUGGGAAUCGCAGUUUUGAGUGGAGCUCACACACAAUUCCUAGGCGCCUGAACACAUAAUUCCAGAUGUGAAGCCGGAUGUAAAGUCCAUUGUUUUUGCAACGUAAAAGUCGACAGGAACAAAUGUUUUUGAUGCCCAUCAGUAUGGAGGGUCUAGUAAAACUUUCUCCAUGUUCUCUCUAUGAUUUUGACAUGAGGUUAAUUUUCAGGAGAAAAAAAAGAAUCGUGUUUUGACGUGGUAACAUUGCCCCGAGUACGAUCUACAAGUUUACAUAUUUGUGAAAUUUUUCAGGUUACACAUUACGUAUGCAUACAUCCCAGGAUCGCGCUGUUCUCGACAGCAUUAACCCCAUAGAUGCUGUGAUCAGUCAUGAUCACGGCAUCUAUGGGAUUGACAGGGGGAGAGGGCUGCCCAUGUCCACCAAUGGCGAUCCAGUGUUACGAUGGCGGGAUCUCGUUGGUUGCCAUGGCAGCAGGAGGCCAGCUGAUGGCCUCCUGUUUGCCUAGUACGGCAGCCUGUGAGGUCCAGCCAUAGGCUGAAUGUCAGUGUAUAUUGACUGUUAUACAGGGAUGUGGAAAUAAAUAAAAAAAUACUUGUCCAAAGGACUAAAACAUAGCACAUCUACUUGUCCCUCAUGACCAUCCAGUUGAUCUGGUGCAUAAAAUUAUUUCAACCAAAAUAGUAUGUAAAUAAGGUCUUUAUUAUUAGAAACGUAAUAGGCAGAUCACUAUGUCACCCCAUUAGGUGCAUAGGGCCCCUGAUAAGUCUCCCCCCCCCCCCCCCAAUUUAAGUAGAUAGACCCCCUCAUCAGGCAGGCAUGUAUGUAAAGAGGGCCCCAGAUAUGUUUCCCCAGAUGGUAGGCAGGUACGGCUCUCCCAGUAGGCAAAUAUUGUCUCAGAUAUAUAUGUCUCCUCUGUUGGUAGAAAUGUAGGGCUUUCCAAACUUUUCAUGGUGACACCGCAUACAUAGUACAGUGACCCACUUCUUGCUAUACCACCAAUUUCACAUAUCGCGUUGCGCGUCAACUAUGCUCAACAUAAUACCAGUAUCAGCAUUAGAAAUGUGGCUGCUACCCCCAUUGCCAUUUCACCCCCCUCCCCUUUAUUCCCCUGUGCCAUUAUAUUCCCCCCUAUGAUGCUCCCUGUGCCAUUAUAUUUCAGCCCCUUUCCCCUUUAUAUCACCUCCUGUGCCACAUUAUUCACUCAUUCACCAACCCCCCUUCCCUUCUCUUUCUGAUCCCCUGCUAGACAUUACCUGUCCUCGGACCCUUGGUGGGCUCCCGCAGGUUUAGAGACUCGGCAUCUCGGUGAUGGCUGCUGUUGCUGGACCACAUCCUCGGUCCUGACGGAGGUGCGCGCGAAGUGACAUCAUCGUACGUACCUACAUGGGGACGCUGACGUCCUGCUCGGCUCGCUAUACAGCUUCAGCCUUUAGAGUUUAGGGACGGGGCAAGAAUGAUUGCCCCAAAGGAUAGGGGAUAAGAUGCCUGAUCGCGGGGGUCCCGCCGCUGGGGACCUACGUGAUCUUCCACGCU